AACUGAUUUACCUCAGAUUACGCUGGAGCUGUGCCAACUGGAUCCAAUCAGGCCAUGAUGCUCUCUCGUCCCUUCUCUCUCACUCUCCCUCAUAUCCAUCCUGUCCUAGAACAGCCUCUCUCCUCUUUAAGAUCCGGUCAACACCGAAAUGCGACACAUUUGCUGGCAAGGUAUUUCGCACUGGCGAUUCUUCAAAGAAAUUUGUUCUGGAUGUUUAUGGAGUUGAAGGUUGACCCUGUGAGAGGGGAUCCAAUAUCUAGGAGGAUGCCGCCAUGUGAUGUGGGUAUGUAAUCUGUGCAGGAAACAACAGGAAAUCCUAACUAAAUCAGGAGAAUGGUUUUCAUCAGGGCCUGGGGGGAGGCCUCUUAGUGUGGGCGCUCCCCUCAGUGUCCCUGAAUUGGAGAAGGACAGGAAGUUGCACUCCAGAUCACAGGCUCCGGUCACUAACAACACUCUUCCACCCAGCGCUGGUGCUGGUGACCCCACCAAAGGAGCAGAUACGAUGCCCGCCUCACGCUCCCGCAGUGAACCGCCACGAGACAAGAAGAGACCUGUGUCCCUGCAUGAGCAGAAUGGAAAGGUGAUUGGACGUGGCGAGAGAAGGCAAGGCCCUGGCCGGUUGUCAUCACAGGCCUCUGAAGACCGGGCUCCAGGUGAGAAGCGCGACUGCAGACGACUGGAGAACUGCCACUCACAGGAAUACCCAGAGAAUGAGCCCACCCAUCCCGAGCGGCGAAGGAGACAGGAGGACGAAGAGCGGGAGCGUCAAAUACGGGAGGAGGAGUACCAGACUCGUUACCGCAGUGACCCGAACCUCGCCCGCUACCCUGUAAAACCACAGAAGGAGGAACAGGAAAUGCGUAUGCAUGCCAAAGUGUCCAAAAUGCGUCAGGAGCGUCAUCACAGUGACCUUGCCAUCAACGAAGUUGGACUGAUUCAAGAUGUGAGUGAGGCUGCUGGAAAUCGCAUGAGCAGGCAACGAAUAGCUAACAAUGACAACCACAAGGCCCAUUUAGAAAACCAUCGAGCUUAUUCUAUGGACAGGACCGUGGGGGGUGGUGUUGGGGGACAAGGACCCCUUGCUAAACAGGGCCACAGUGGCCCUCAAGGGGGCCCUGCUGGGCCCACAGACCUCAGGGACGAACAUGACUGGGGCCCAAAGGGGCAUCUGGAACCGGGGUCCGCAGCUUUUCUGCACAGGGCUAAACGGGAAAGAGCUGCAGAAAUAAUGUGUAAAGAUUCUUCUCUUAGUUCGGACCAAUCUGAGUCGUUACGGCCACCUCCACCUAGAGGCUAUAGACCCAAACGAGGCCUCAACAAAAGGCAGAUGUCCAUCAGUAGCUCGGAAGAAGAGGGUGGCUCCACACCUGAAUACACCAGCUGUGAGGAUGUGGAGAUCGAAAGUGUUAGUGAAAAAGGUGACUGGGAUUGUCAUUCUCUGGACCCCACUGUGUGGCAUCAUCCAGUGAGCUGGCAGCCAUCCAAAGAGGGAGAUCAUUUGAUUGGCCGCAUCACUCUAAGUAAGCACUCCACCAUGCCACGAGAAGCUGGUUCCCUACUGGGUCUGAAGGUGGUUGGUGGGAAAAUGACAGAGUCAGGGAGAUUGGGGGCCUUUAUCACCAAAGUAAAGAAAGGAAGUUUGGCUGACAUUGUAGGCCAUUUACGAGCAGGCGAUGAGGUGUUGCAGUGGAAUGGAAAGGCGUUGCCUGGAGCAACUAAAAAGGAAGUGUACAAUAUUAUUCUGGAGUCCCAAUUAGCACCUCAAGUGGAAAUAGUUGUUUCUAGACCAAUUGGAUGUAUUCAACGAAUUCUGUCCAAAAACUUCUUGAAAAAGGACUAUAGAGCAUAUCAAGAUACACCAAGACUUCCAGGGACAUCACAUCCUCCUUUAGAAUCAACUGGUUCGAGUUCUAUAGAUGAAUCCCAAAAGAUGGACCGUCCAUCCAUUUCUGUAAUGUCACCAACUAGUCCAGGGAUGUUGAGAGACCUUCCUCUGGUACUGCCAGGCCAGUUGUCGGUGAAAUUAUGGUAUGAUAAAGUGGGCCAUCAGCUUAUUGUCAAUGUCCUACAAGCACGAGAACUGCCCCCUCGACCAGACGGACGACCCAGAAAUCCCUAUGUCAAAAUGUAUUUUCUUCCUGAUAGAAGUGACAAGAGCAAAAGAAGGACAAAAACAGUGAAGAAGAGUGCAGAGCCAAAGUGGAACCAGACGUUCCUGUAUUCUCACGUCCACCGCAGAGACUUCAGAGAGCACAUGCUGGAGAUCACUGUUUGGGACCAGCCCAGAGUCCAAGAGGAAGAGAGUGAAUUUCUGGGAAAGAUUCUGAUAGAGCUGGAAACAGCUGUAUUGGAUGACCAGCCACACUGGUACAAAUUGCAAACCCAUGAUGUGUUGUCCCUACCAUUGCCUCAGCCGUCCCCCUGCCUCCCUCGCAGACAUGUUCAUGGAGACAGUCCUAGUAAAAAACUGCAAAGAUCUCAUCGCAUCAUUGAAACGGAUUAUGAUGAUGGUAUAACGGUAGUGUCCUCAGCAGCAGAGAGGAACUCCAGAGACAGGGAGAGGUCAAGCACGCUGACCGUACCUGAGAGACGUACCAUGCAGCAUCGCUCGCGGUCAGUAUCGCCGCACAGAGAAGACCAAUGUAGAGCCCGCUCACGACCUGCACACGUCCCUGUGCAGAGGAGUCUGGAUGAGAUCCACAAAAACUGCCAUCAUUCCUACUCUCCCUCUUGCUACCAUGACUCCCACCAGGAACAUCGCUCUGGAGAUUCUGACUAUGAAUAUUCAGAGGACAGCGAGGUCCUGGAGAUGAACAGAUCAAUCCGAGGUGGGAGUGCUGAGUGCCUGCAUACAAACAGGAAAUUAGCUAGGCACUGUAACACACUUCCCCCAAAGAUGCCCUUGUUAGUGAAUGGUAUACAUAAAGAAAUGUACAGCUCUACCCUCCCUGCAUGCUUAAAGAACAAACCGUCCCGGCGAACAGAGAGGGAUGGCGUUAUCCCUCUUAGUGCCAUUCCACAGCGUGUUCUCAGGUUCACAGAUGAGGUCAGCUCUGGUGAUCUUCAGCCUUCAUUAGACAGAAUAAGAAGUGCCAGCACGACUUGUUUGAGACCAGAGUCAAACUUCCACUCACCAGAAAGAGAAAGUCAUUUUCCAUCUCACAGGCAUUCUGGCAAUUUGGAUAGGCCAAGCUGUCAGAUAGCUAACAAGAAAACCAUUGAUGGCGGCAGAGAACUUCCGCAUGGUGGACAUUAUUCCCCGGCAGGAACCACGUCAUUAGGGCACAGGGGCAGACAGCUACCACAGCUCCCUGCAAAGAGCAGCAGUAUAGAGCAAGACCAUGUCAACAGUAAACCUGAGGAGAAACCUAACUCAGCUCUAGCAGUGGAAGAGCGGGCUCGUCAGUUGCAAAUGAGAGUACAUUCCCAUCGGCCGGCCUCUUAUGCCAGCUCUGGUCCCGACCCAGAGGCAGAGCUCAAAAACAGGAGAGAUAUGUAUAAGGAUCAGAGGAGUAGUUGUGAUAACAUGUCUGCAAGGUCAUCAGACAGUGACAUAAGCGAUGCAUCAGCCAUCUCCCAUGCCAGCAGUGCCUCACGACUGAGUGCCACCAGCUACAUGUCCAUUCAGUCUGAGAGACCACAUGGGAGAAUCAGGUCGAAGUCGUUGGAGAGUUGUAAAGGAGAUGAAAAGAAGGAGAGAAGGAUUUCAUGGGGGGUGAAUGGAACAGACAACAGGAGGAGUCUGGGAAAGAGACGUUUCUCUGAGGAGCUUAAACGCAGGCGUCAUACGGUGGCUGGAGAUGUGAGUCGUCAAGUCAGAACCUCAUCUGGUCGAAAUAUGCUAAAGAGCACAAGUGUUAGCGGUGACAUCAACGCAACUGAGCGAACAGACGGCAGCCAGUCUGACACUGCCCUGGGAACAGUCGGAACCGGAGCAAAAAAACGUCGCUCCAGUCUCAAUGCUCGAUUCGUGGCUAUCGUGGGAAACCGUCGCAGCCGAAGCACCUCACAGAUCAGUCAAACAGAGGCAUCCAAUAAGAAGUCAAAGGGCAGUCAAGGGACGAUCCAGCGCAGUCAGGAGACGGGAAUGGCUGUGGAAUUGCAGAGGAAUAUGAGUCGUCAACCCAGCCGUGAAUCCAACAAUGGAAGCAUGAACAGCUACAACUCAGAGGGCAGUCCAAUCUUCCCAGCAGUUCGAGUCGAGACUCAAUUCAGUGACUUCCUGGAUGGACUGGGCCCUGCUCAAUUAGUUGGUCGACAAACCCUUGCCACACCAGCAAUUGGUGACAUUCAGAUUGGCAUGGUGAAUAAGAAAGGCCAGCUGGAGGUGGAGGUGAUAAGAGCACGAGGUCUCAUCCAAAAACCAGGGUCCAAAUCACUCCCCGCUCCAUAUGUCAAAGUCUAUCUUCUACACAACGGGGCGUAUGUAGCUAAGAAGAAGACAAAAAUUGCACGCAAGACACUCGACCCGCUGUACCAGCAAACGCUGCAGUUUGAAGAAAGUCCACAGGGUAAAGUGUUACAAGUAAUUGUCUGGGGAGAUUAUGGGCGAAUGGACCACAAAUCCUUCAUGGGAGUUGCACAAAUCCUACUAGAGGAGCUGGACCUCUCCAGCAAUGUGAUUGGCUGGUACAAACUUUUCCCGCCUUCUUCCCUAGUCGACCCAACUCUUGCCUCUCUAACUCGACGUGCUUCUCAGUCAUCCCUGGACAGUUCACCGGCACCUGCGGGGGUUCGAUCGUAGUGGACUAAUAAUAUAAAGCACAGUCUGAAAGACAACGGAACAACAAUAAGAGCCAGGCAGGAAAUGCGAUGAAAUAACACAAACCUUUGUUCAAAUCUGACAAUCACUUCUGUGACAUUGUUUUUGUUUUCCUCUUUGUGGGUAGCCCGUGUUCUGCCAAAUUUGUUUGUCCUAAACGAAGUCAUUUGUUUCUCUCACUGUUUGUUGCGUGAGACUUAGGGCUCUCUACACUAGCAUGUGGGAAGCACCGCUUUAGGGCAACAUAGAAAGCAGGGUGAUAUUCAGUCAAGUCUUCAUUGAAAUCUACAUUAGCUAGGUUUUAACAGAGCAUCAGAAUGUAUCAACCCAAAAACAAAGGUGACCUCUGACCAAGGGAUUGUGGGGCUUCAGUCGAGGCCCUGUCUAAACCCUGUUUGUACUGAUAGUGAACGGUCAGGAACUUGAAAGACGUAGGGCGUCCCCUGGGGAGGUUGUCUGGAAGGACAGGGCCUUUCUUGGUGCCUAAACCUGGAGGACCCAAAGCCAUGGUCUAUUUCCUCCAAAAAGUACCUCUGUUCUCAAAGUUUGUGACAGCUAACGGAGGCCGCUCUCGUCUAGAAUCUUUUUUUUAUUUAUUUAGCUUUUUUUAACAUCUCUAGCACGUUUUACGAUAAACAAGAGGUUUGUGUUGUCCAGUGUACUGUGAAAAUGACAGGAAAUGCUAAAAAAAAGAAAUCGAAGACAAAGUAUCUGGAAAAAUACACAUUUCUUUGCACAUUUUUAUUUACUUUUAUUAACUGAAACUAUUACAUUAAUCUACAGUACGUUGCAAUACAACAUCUUAUCCAGUGAACUGAAUUCGAUUUUUAGAUAUUUACACUUAUCAUUAAAUGCUAUUAAAAAGUAGAUAUUUAGUUCAUGAAAAACACCAUGUACCAAGAUAAACAUAUUUGUGUACUUGUACAUUUUCCAAUUUACGGUCUUUGGUAAAGGAAAUCUAUACAAUCAUGUUUUCAUCUGUCGAGUAAAUCUUGAUACAUAGAGUUUUUCGGACACUAAACUAACUUUUUAACUUUGUUUGAUGGUAAGUGUUUGUGUAGAUGCAUAUUUCUCUUUUUAGUAUAUGUGGUUUAGCAAAAGCCACUUUCAACUUUUAUUGUAUCACUCUGAGGUCACACGAUUGGCCCAAGCCCUUGCACAUAAAGCAUAAAGCACAAAAGCUUGAUUUUCAAAUUUAAAAAAUCGGAUUAAAAAAUAUCUAAAAAAUAAAAUCAAGCCAACUAGCUUGUUAAUUUCAUUUCUACUUUGUGUACUUUACAGAAAAGAGAGAAAAGAGUCGUGCAAAUGCAAAUUCCUCUUGUGUGUCUCUGUAAAUGUUGAAGUGACCAAUCUGAUUUUUCCAUCACGAGCAUAAACACCAAUCAUCUAUCAGGCCACUGGCCCCUCCCUCCAGUGCAGUGGAGCAGCAUGACUCAGAUCAGUUCCCAGCUGCAUGCACAUUUUUGUAAAACAGACUACACAAAUGUUAAAAAGUAACAGAAAUAGAUAUGUGAUAGUUCAACAUACUGUAGGCCAGCUUGUAUGUUGCAUGUACCUGUACAGUUUGCUUGUACUUGAAUAUAAGAGAUAAACCAAGAAAAUGAAGCCAUUUGCUUUCACUCAGACUUUUCAGAUCAGCUAAAAAACUAGUUCAUGUCCUCCAUCCGGUGCUGAAUGUUGGAACAUUUUUUUUUUCUUUUUUCAAGUUUUUGAUUAUUGCUUUUUUGUCUUUUAUAUCCCUUAAGGGAAAAUGUGCUGUACUGUAACACUGAACAAAAACUAACCUCCCUCAUGUUUUACACAUUUUACUGUAUCAUAAUUUACCUCAAAACCACAGAAAAUAACCUAGAAAAUGUGUAUACAUCCCAUCAAGUUAUUCAAGAGUAUACCAAUAUCAAAACAGGAAAUGUCAAAAAUAUAUCAUACAUACAUAACAAUAUCCAUAAUAAAUAUAAAUGUAGAUGCACAGAGACUUAUUAGCACAUGUGUUGUAAAUAUGAGAUGACCAUGUGGUUAAGCCAUAUUUGCAAAGGGGCCAAGGCUUAAUUUUAAGAACAACCAUCCCAAUAUAAGGGACCGCUGAGCGGACACCUUUCUUAUCAUAUGGGUCCAAAUCUAGAGCUCUCACUGUCACUUUUAGAGGGCUGAACCACUCCGCUCUAAAGCUGUAGCCAGAUCAACAUUUUCUCUGUGUUUUCGAGCCAAAUUCUUCACCUCUGCUAUCAGAAAAUUUUGAUUGUUUUUCUUCAUGAGAGACAGGAGUUUAUUUUACUUGAUCAGUUCUUGGGUAGAGGGGAAAAACAAUGCUGACUGUUUACAACUUCUAGUAUGUGUUCCACUGAGAUUAUGAAAAAGAAAAAGUAUUCACUGCAACAUUUCUGUUUGUAUACAGGUGUGGCUCAUACGAUGUGUAUGUUUUAUAUUUAAAAAAA